AGAGGAACAUUACAGGAAGGGCAAAAUGGGAAAAGUAAACAAGAAUGGAGAGUUGUAUAGGCUUCGUUAGUUAAUUUUAAAGGAGAAUUGAUCUCAAUCAGAAAGGUCCUAUUCUUCAAUCAUCAACCUACGAAUUUAAAAGGAUAUUUUAGUUGAUGGUGCUAGAAUUAUGAAAGUUUGUCCCUGAUUUAGCUGAAGAUUGAAGGAGCAAGUUGUAUAAAUAGCUGUUAAUAAACGACAGAGAUGUUCUCACUCUUCUAUGGCCUGUGGAAGUACAUGUUUAGCAAGACAGAGUUUCAUGUCCUCAUUCUUGGAAUUGACAAGGCCGGGAAAACGACAUUGCUGGAGAAGUUGAAGUCAUUGUACUCAAACUUAGAGGGCCUCCCUCCUGAUCGAAUUGUUCCAACGGUUGGACUCAAUAUUGGUCGUAUUGAAGUAUCAAGUACAAAGCUUGUAUUUUGGGACCUGGGUGGUCAGCCUGGUCUUCGCUCAAUCUGGGAGAAAUAUUAUGAGGAGGCCCAUGCUCUUGUAUUUGUGAUUGAUGCUACUUGCCAUUCACGUUUUGAAGAUUCAAAGUCUGCUUUAGAAAAAGUUCUUCGGCAUGAGGAUUUGCAAGGAGCCCCGCUUUUGAUAUUAGCAAACAAACAGGAUCUUCCUGACGCAGCAACAGGUGAAGAAAUUGCCAGAUAUCUAGAUCUUAAGAAGUUGGAUGAGAGGGUUUACAUGUUUGAAGCUGUUUCAGCAUAUGAUGGGUUGGGGAUCAAAGAAAGUGUAGAAUGGCUUGUGGAGGUAAUGGGACGAAGCAAGAGAACAGAUAUGUUGAGAGUUCGUGCAGGUGCAACAGGACCUGGAGCGUAGGAGAAUCUAUAUGCAGUUGCAGUUGUUUGAAAGUAUUUGUAGCUUCUGUAGAUAAACAAACAGAAUUUACAGAGAUCUGCAGGUCGAAAAGUCUAUUCAUUUUUACACAUCUUUUCUGUCAAUGCCGCAUUCGUACGGUUGGGUGGCGUGUCGUGACUUCCACACUCAAAGGAGCUAAUUGGAGAUGGAAAGCACCCAUUUGGACUAAGAAAAGGGUCGACAGCUUGUUGUUGACAUAAUAUGACAAGCAUUUCAUCUUUUGAAGAUUGUUAAACAGUUUUUGGCUCUGUUCAUAUCCAAGAAUUGAUAAAAUUUUCCGAUUAUAUGCUCCUCCGUCUUGAGGAGCUUGAAAGAUUCAUGUUUAUGUAAUUAGAAUUCGGAAAAGAGUCAUGUUCAAGCUCUCUCUCUUUUUCUA